CAAGUACAGCAUUCAAUGAUUAUUUAUGCAUUGAAUGGAAUUUUCACACACAGAUAUCAUCGGACAGAUGGGGGCUCAUGCAGCUGCUCUUUGAGGAAUGUUUGGCUUCUCAAACCAAGAGCACAUAAAUCCAGCCAUUUAUAUUUUAGAGGACCGGACUUUACUGCAGCUCACAAUUCAAAGUCAGCUUCGAAUUUACUAUUUUUUAAAAAUAAUAAAAAGAGUAUUUUUUUUUCUCUCAGAUCCCCUUUACCUAUUCUGAAGUUCACCUCCAAAAAAGGGAGUGCACCUUUAAGAGUCUCUUUUUGUGAAGUGAGCCAAUUAUUGUUUUCAUAUCCCGGCAAACAGGGGAUACACAAGGAGAGCAGCCAAGUAGCUGCAGCAAGUCUGUCAUGCCUGAGCCGAGGCAAAACACUGAACCCUGAAUAAUACAGCUCCCGGGAAGCGUAGAUUGUAUCUCGAAGGAAUGGCUGCUUUCCUGUGAAAUUACAAUGCAUACUCUGUUUAUCCAGGAAUCGGUCUGCGUUUGUAUUCUGCUGAGUGGAAUAACAACAGCCUCCCUGUUACCCAUACAUGGAAUUUGCAGACGCCCCCUUGACAGCAGCAGUUAUUUCAUCACUGCCGAUGAUCCCCAACAACAAAACCAUUCUGUCCAGAGUUGGGGACCAGACGACACUGCCCUGCACCUUCACUCCAAAGACCAGCGAUGGACUUAUAGUGACUUGGACUAAAAUACCGGGACAAACAGUCUACUUUUUCGCACAAGGCAAAGAGGAUCCUGGGAUACAGGAGGAGCGUUACAAGAACAGGACCUUUGUGAAUGAAAGCCGGUUCAAUAAGGGCGAUUUCACUCUGUUUCUAGAGGAUACAAGAGUCUCAGAUGAAGGGAACUAUCAAUGUUUUGUUCGGUUCAAGCCUGCUGAUUUUGAAAGUAGCAGUUUAGAACUGUACGUUGCAGCAAACUACACCAAGCCAGUGGCUUCCUGUCUCCAGUCAAACAGCGCCGGCAGUACCCAGGAGGCGAGCGCUGUGACCCUGAGCUGCCAGACCGAGGGAGGCUACCCCGAAGCCCAGCUGGUAUGGACCUUUAGCAAUGGAACCCGAGUCCACAGUGCUGCCCAACGCAGAGCGAUUGACAGCAAGGGGCUGGUCAGUAUCCAGAGCAGCCUCGUCAUUGCCAGAGCUCUCAGUGAGAACCUCACGUGUGGAAUCCACAACAGUAGACUGAGCCAGAGCUUCUUCACCUCCGUCACCUGCAGCCUGCCGAGCUCAGCAGGAAGUUUCCAGAAUGAGGAACGAAAACGACCAGGCCUCCUGGCCUCCGUCGUGUGUUUUGUGUCAAGUCUCCUGUCACUGAUUGUGAAGAAGGCCUCCUGCUGCUGAUACAGUGUCAUACCUUUCACUGACAGAUUGUGAUGUAGCACACUUUAUGAAAGUAAUAGCCAUCCUAACCUAUGGUACUGGGUUUCAACACCUUCCAACGACAUUCAGACAGGAAGCUGGAGUUCCGGUGUCCAGUAGCAUUUACUUUGAUUAAUGACCCUGGACAAAAAACCAAUACCGACCCACUAUAAAACAAUAGGACUAAACGGCCAGCUUAAACAUCCUGUUUACAUUUCACUACUUGUUUCACUCAGAUCAGAUCUGUCUAAUAAAUCAAUAAUUCCUUCCAAUGAAACCAGUUUUUUUUUUAAACAAUAUCUGGUUAGGACCUGUUCAUUUGGCUAUUAGUUGGGCUCUUGCUGGACUGUCUGGUGCAGAGACACAGAGUGUACUUUCUCACGGGCGAAUGUUCUUCAUCAUUAAUUAGAUCUCGCUUCGAUCCCCUUUCUAUUGAAACUCCUGUAUUGUGUUUAUAUAUAUAUCCAAAAGAAAAAGGUAAUGUAGGUACACUAAAAUGUGAGUGAUUGAUUAAAAAAAAUCUAUUAUAUCA